GCUAAUCGCAGCCAUGCAGAAGCUCCUCCUCGCGCUCGUCGCCGGCUCCGCGUCGGCCUUCGUCGCCCCGCUCGCGAAGCCCGCGCCGGCGACGGCCGUCGCCGAGAGCAAGGCGGACCUCAAGGAGCUCGCGACGUCCCUGAACCCCGUCGUCGGCUACUGGGACCCCCUGGGCUGCUUCGCCGAGGACACGGACCUCAGCUACUGGUCGCAGGGCAACGAGGCGACCAUCGCCUGGUUCCGCCACGCGGAGAUCAAGCACGGCCGCGUCGCGAUGUUCGGCUUCGUCGGCUAUUUGGUCCACGCGACGGGCAAGACGUGGCCGUUUCCCAUGACCCUGUCCGGCGACCCCUGGCCGAAGCUCGGCGAGGGCGGCGUGCCCGCGCUCUGGGACGCCCUGCCGGAGAUCAGCAAGUGGCAGAUCAUCCUCUUCGUCGGCGCGCUCGAGUUCUGGUCCGAGAUCCAGGGCGUCGGCGACGGCGAGCCCCACUACAUGCGCGGCGGCAAGGUCGGCGGCAUGCGCUCCUUCAAGUCGCUGAAGCUCGGCAUCCCGGACCUCUACGACCCCACGGGCGGCCUCCGCAACGCGAGCGAGGAGAAGAAGGCGCGCGGCCGCCUCGUCGAGAUCAACAACGGCCGCCUCGCGAUGAUCGGCCUCUUCGGCUUCCUCGCCGAGGCCAAGGUGCCCGGCUCCGUGCCCGCCCUCACGAAGAUCGGCAUCCCCGCCUACUCCGGCGACGUCAUGGCGCCCUUCGAGUCCAACUUCCACAUCCUCUCCUAG